AUGUCCAUCAUGCAGCAGCCUCCAGGAUACAUGUCCAUCAUGCAGCAGCCUCCAGGAUACAUGUCCAUCAUGCAGCAGCCUCCAGGAUACAUGUCCAUCAUGCAGCAGCCUCCAGGAUACAUGUCCAUCAUGCAGCAGCCUCCAGGAUACAUGUCCAUCAUGCAGCAGCCUCCAGGAUACAUGUCCAUCAUGCAGCAGCCUCCAGGAUACAUGUCCAUCAUGCAGCAGCCUCCAGGAUACAUGUCCAUCAUGCAGCAGCCUCCAGGAUACAUGUCCAUCAUGCAGCAGCCUCCAGGAUACAUGUCCAUCAUGCAGCAGCCUCCAGGAUACAUGUCCAUCAUGCAGCAUCCUCCAGGAUACGAGUCUCAUGCAGCCACCUCCAUAUAA